UCCUCCCACUGUUGUUGGGACCUGCACAGAGAAAUAUCCAGAGAGGAGCAGCGGCGGCGGCGAGGGGAUAAAAACAACUUACUCCUCAAUAUGGGAUUGUAAAGGUCGAUGAUUGAUCCUCGGACGAUGCAAGAGGACGGGUCCUCACUGUGAAGCCCCCCGGAGUCUCUUUUAAGUUUUGUACUGGUAGGCCCUCCUCCUUCUGCUCCUCCUCCUCUUCCUCUUCGUCACCAUGCUGAGUUUCCUGCGCCGGACGCUGGGCCGGCGCUCUAUCCGGAAGCAUGCAGAGAAGACGCGCCUGCGUGAGGCCCAGCACGCCAUCACACACAUACCAGCCGCCGGGGAAGCAAAGUCAAUCAUCACCUGCCGUGUGUCCCUGCUGGACGGGACGGACGUCAGUGUGGACCUACCAAAAAAAGCCAAAGGGGAGGAGCUGUUUGAGCAGAUAAUGUACCACCUGGACAUCGUCGAGAAGGACUACUUCGGUCUGCGCUUCAUGGACUCUGCUCAAGUCCCGCAUUGGCUUGAUGUAACCAAAAGCAUAAAAAAACAAGUAAAAAUCGGACCUCCCUACUGUCUUCACUUGAGGGUCAAGUUCUACUCGUCUGAACCCAACAACUUGCACGAAGAGCUCACAAGAUACCUAUUUGUAUUACAGCUGAAGCAGGACAUUCUCAGUGGAAAGUUGGAGUGUGAGUUCGACACUGCUGUGGAGCUAGGGGCCUUCUCCCUCCAGGCGGAGAUGGGGGACUGUGACCCGGCAGAGCAUGGUAUGGACAUGGUGUCGGAGUUCCGCUUCAGCCCAGAGCAGACGGAGACGAUGGAGCUCGCCAUCUACAGCACAUGGAAGGAGUGCAGAGGCCAGAUGCCCGCCCAGGCGGAGAUCAACUACCUGAACAAGGCAAAGUGGCUGGAGAUGUACGGGGUGGACAUGCACAUGGUCAAGGCCAGAGAUGGGAAUGAGUACAGCCUGGGCCUGACCCCCACUGGGGUUCUGGUGUUCGAGGGAGAAACCAAGAUUGGACUGUUCUUCUGGCCCAAAAUCACUCGCCUGGACUUCAAAAAAAGCAAGCUGACUCUUGUUGUGGUGGAGGAUGAUGAACAGGGUAAGGAGCAGGAGCACACCUUUGUGUUCCGGAUGGACCACCCCAAGGCCUGCAAGCACCUGUGGAAGUGUGCCGUGGAGCACCACGCCUUCUUCCGGCUGCGGGGGCCCGUGCAGAAGAACUCUGCCCAGUCGGGCUUCAUCCGCAUGGGGUCCCGCUUCAGAUACAGUGGUAAGACAGAGUACCAGACCACGAAGGCUAACAAGGCCCGGCGGUCCGCCUCCUUUGAGAGGAGACCCAGCCGACGGUACUCCAGGAGAACCAUGCAGAACCGAGGACCAUACAAACCCCAAGAGGCUCUAUCGCUGGUCAGCCCCAACAACAACGGAGUCAGCAGAGACGCCAAGCCCCUCCCCUCCAGGCCAGGAUACUCCGGUCUGGCUGUGGUUAGCCCCGCCCCCUCCUCAGCCUGUGGACCAAUGGAGAUCGAGCCUCUGCCCAGGAGUCCUGGAGGAGAGAAGAGAAGUCUUCCCCUGGUGGCCGACCUGCUGGAGACCUGCAUCGAUGACGUCAUCAGGGCCCCAGAGGCCGUUCCCAUGGCGACGGAGACGGAAGAGGCAGGGCCGAGCGGCGCUCACACCUCAUCCUCUUCUAGUGUUGCCGUAGACGACGGCCUGGGUCAAACGGAAGCAGCUGCUCGUUUGAAACAGCUUGAGUUGGAGAACAAUGCUCUCUCCGUGUCAACUCCUCCGAAGAACGUCAAUGUCAACAUGGCGCUGAACAACCUAGAGCUGGGGAAGCUGUCUGAUAAGUCUGUGUUGAGCGCGGUGGGCUCCAGCCCUGUGGUUACUCCACGCCGCCCCCCGGAGGAGCAGAAGAGCAACAUCCUCAAGGCCCAGGCAGAGGCCGCCGCCCACAAGGGCUCUUUGGAUGAUCACUCCACUUUACUGGGAGAUAAGAACUGUAACCUGCAGGCCAGUGCUGGGCUGAAGGUGCGUUCGGGGCGGAUGGGCAGUAACUCCUCCCUGACUCUGAGCAGUCGGCCCGACAGGCAGGAGGCCCGAGAGAUGCUCAAACCCUCCAGCCUUGGAUCUCCAGCAGGACCCAGUGUGGAGAUGUUGGGUGAAGAGCCCGGCCCCCCCUGUCUUCCCAGCAUGCUCUCUGAAUCCGGUGCUAACAUGCUGGCUCCGAGGGUGAAGCCAGACGAGAUGGACCCCCCGCCGUCUGAUAACCUGAUCGACUUCACCGAUCCCACCCCUGUGCUCCCUCCGGUUCAGCAGGCUAAACCACUCAUCACCCCACGCUGGAUCAUACCCACCGCUACUCCUUCAUGCGCCUUCACCAAUGGCCUGCUUGACCUCGACCUGACCGCCAGGCUCACACCACCCCCAGAGAAGGGGCGUACCCCCUCCCCAGCCAUCCCGCUCCUCACCCAAACUCACAACAUCAUCACCUCCAGCAUUGUGGGAGCUCAGCCUGCCCAGGAGGACGGAGCCAGGCCCAAGGGACUGCUGACCACCGAACUCUGAGGGGAGAUGGAC